UAAAUGUUUUGUUGUUGACCGUUAAAAAAUAUUAUUCGACAGCGGAAGGUACGCUAAAAAAUUUACGUCACUUCCGCUGGAAAGGGCCGGUGCGACACUGCUAAAUUUGGUACCGAUUGCAUUCCAAGUAAAUACGCAACCAAAAGGGACAAGCGGUAGGAAAUGGAUGGGAUGGAUGUUGCUGAUAUGUUCUACUUUUUGGAAUUUGACAAGAUUAUUACAUGUUUUGUGAUUUUGAUGACAAAACAAAAUAAUACACUUUAUAUUUGUACUUGUUAGUACACUUAAAAAAUAUAGCAACAAACUAUUUAACAUAGAAAGUAUUAAGAAAAUGCAUUGUUUUUUUUAGGAAAUAGGGAAUAAAAGGAAAUUGUGCAAAAUAAGUCAAAUAAAAAAACAUUUCCAUUUAUUUUCUCAAGCACCCUUUCGACACCAAGAGGGACAAGCGGUAGUAAAUGGAUGGAUGAAUGGAACAUAGACAUUUGCAUUAAAAGGGACAAAAGCUAGAGAAUGGAGGAUGGAGCUUAUUAAAUUGAUCUCACAAUGCCAGAAUCAAGCCGAUAGUUACUAUCCUGAGUAUCGACGUUGUAGAUAUUUGGACCGACUCGACCACGUUGAAGUUGCCGACCCACUUUUGCCAACUACCAAUAUCGUCUCUGGCCAACAAAUACACUUUUCAUUUAGGAUGUCAGCUAUUCGUUUAUUAGAAAUCCUAUUUUUCUUGUAUUUUGCGUCUCACAUUCCUAUCACGUUGUUUAUCGACUUGCAAGCUGUUCUCCCGGAUUAUUUCUAUCCCCAAACUCUGAAAGACGUCGUCCACUUCUACGCGGAGAACUUUAACGAUCCCAUGCUGUUGGAUCCUCCGGAGUGGUUCAGGUCCUUUAUCGUCUGCGAGGCUUUGUUUCAAACUCCCUUCUUUCCCGUGGCAGCCUACGCUUUCUUCAAGGGAGGCUGUCAGUGGAUCAGGACUGCGGCCAUUGUUUAUUCCUCGCACGUAGCUACCACGCUGGUCCCGAUUCUGUCACACAUCCUCUUCCAUGAGUUCCCCGUUGACGGCCCGCGGGGCCCGCAGACGCCACGUGAACGCUGGAUGCUUGCCUCCAUUUACUUUCCGUACUUGUUAGUUCCUGUGCUGCUGCUGUGCACCAUGUUGCUGUCGUCAACGUACAAUCCCAGCAAAGCGUCUGUCAAGAAAGCCAAGAAGAAGAACUGAGGUGUUUCCAAGAGAAUAUACACCUUCUGGACUCCUACCUAUGAAGACUUUCUGGACACUUCCCUCAUUAUUAUGCAAUAAAGCUUUUAUAUUAAUAAUAAACAAUUAAAUAAUUGACAAAAAUAUAUAAGAGAUUAAGUAUUAAUCUUACACAUUUUUAUUAAUUAAAAUCUACAAAAGGACAUUUUCUUAUUUUGUUUAAAAUAAUUAUAAUUACAGUCUGCCUUUUGUCACUUUUC